GUAUUUGAUGGUUUAAAUUGUGUUUGUGUCAGUAAUUUACAUUUAGAUGAUUUUUGAAUCAAAUUAUUAGCGAAAUUUAAAAUCAUUAGUCAUUAGCAUCACAAACCUUCGUGCUAUCGAAGCUAUACUAAACGUAUCUAAGUUUUAGAGAUUAAGAAAAUACCUAAAGUAACUUCAAACGGGAGUAAAUAACAAAUAAUUCUUAAUAAAAUGAAUAACGAGGAAAAUAAGGAUAUGGCCCAUCGGCAGCAUGUAAAGUAUUUCAUGCGGUUUUUAAAUAUUUUACCUUCGUCGUUGUCGUCUCACGAUACAACCAGAGUUACCAUAGCCUAUUUUUCUGUGUGUGGAUUAGAUGUACUGGGUUCAAUAUCAUCACUUUCUGUAGAACUCAGAGAUCGCAUUGUGGAAUGGAUCUAUAUGCUACAAGUUCAUCCAAACAAAGAGAAUGGUGACAUGUCCAUGUGUGGCUUCCAGGGUUCCUCAACAAUCAACAUAGAAUUGGGUUCCCAGUACAGUCACUAUCGAUGUGGACACCUGGCCAUGACAUACACAGGCCUGUGUAUGCUGCUAACAUUGGGUGAUGACCUGUCUAGAGUGAACAGGAAAGCUUUGGUUGAAGGUGUGAAAGCACUGCAGACGCCAGAAGGCAACUUCUCCGCGACGCUGUCGGGCUGCGAGUCGGACAUGCGGUUCGUGUACUGCGCCGCUUGCAUCAGCUACAUUUUGGACGAUUGGGCAGGCUUCGAUGUGGAGAAGGCGACCGAUUAUAUCAUCAAAUCGAUUAGCUACGAUUACGGUAUAGCUCAAUGUCCAGAGUUGGAAUCCCACGGCGGCACCACAUUCUGCGCGCUGGCAACCCUGGCGCUCACCAACCAGCUCGACAAGUUGACCUACGAACAAACAGAAGGCUUAAAACGAUGGCUAAUUUUCCGACAAAUCGACGGAUUUCAAGGCCGGCCCAACAAACCUGUCGACACGUGCUACAGUUUCUGGGUAGGGGCCUCUCUUAAGAUUCUAGACACGUUAGACAUGACCAAUUACGCAAAUAACAGAAGAUAUGUGUACGAAACUCAAGAUAGUGUUGUCGGCGGAUUUUCUAAAUGGCCAGACACUUGUACGGACCCAAUGCACACGUAUUUAGGACUCGCCGGCCUUAGCUUGAUAGGAGAAAAUGGUUUAUUAGAAGUAGUGCCUACUUUAAAUAUCACAAAGAGAGCUUUUGAACAUCUUAAAUCCCUACAUGAACUGUGGGCGAAGGAGUCUUAGUCUAAAAAUAUGAAGUUUGGAUGGAACAUUUAUUAGGGCGGACAUAUAUAUGCAAGUAAAACUGGCAAGCAACAGUAUGUGCUAUGUCCAAAUAAUUUAUAACACUAAACUAGAACGCUUACAAAUGAGCAAAGCCGUUCCUGAAUUUGGGUGUUAAAUUUGUAGUUAAUUUUUCUUGCCUAUGACACUGACAGUUUGCAAGAAAGGGAUGGCUACAAAUUUUAUACACAUUUUAAGGAACAUUAGGCAAAUAUCGUGGAAAUUUAAUCUUUAUUACAACGCAAAUAGGUCUAGUUUUCAAUGUAAUUAUUUUGGCAAUUGGCUUUGAUAUUGCCAUACCAGUUACUGGCAUUUGCAUUUCCGCCCAAACUAUCUGCUUGUUAUUUUUAUUAAUGUAGGUUGUUAUCGCUGGCCGGUUAGAAUCGGCCGGGUGAUUUUUAAGAAUAAAGUUAUUAAAUUUUGUUGCGCUAAUGUGAAUUAGUAUUAUGAAUGUAUUUCUUUCGCAUUUAUUUUCAAAAUUUUUACAGUACCUAUAUUUAAUUUCGAUAUUUAUUAAUUUAAAAACGUAUGUAUUGUCGCUUCCAGCACCUUAAUUGUCAAGUUCUUUUUGUAUUUUUUAAAUGUAUUGCUAUAUAUAAUAUUAGUACCACAAAAAUCUGAAAGUUAUAUGAAAUUGCCAUGUUUUAGUAUCUGGACGCAUGUCGCCGAUUCUUUUUCACAAACAAAUAGCAAAUAAAUAAACGUGGCUUUCGAGUUUUGCAAUUCUUUGCUCGAGACAGACCCAAGAAGUACACGGGGAUAAUAAUAAUUAAAAAAAAUAUCUAUAACAGUAAAUAAUAGGCUUCGAAAAUCAAAAUAAGAUAAUAAUUAUUAGAAAGCAGCUUUGCAGUGCUCUGCAAUUUGUUAGUUGUAAUUUAGACCAUAUAAUAAAUAUAGUCUUAACUUGAGGCUACAAAAUCGGUCGACAAUGCCGAACUAAAUUCUAUGUAACUGAAGAUUUUUGUGAUACUAUAUGAUUAAGUGCUAUUAAUUCAUUUCAAUUCGUCACAUUAUUUAAAAAAUAUGACAGUGUUUUUACAAUUUUGUUGUUUACUGGAAUUCAAUCAAACAAUGUUAGUGAGUAAUUGACUGGUUUAUGAAAAUAGGUGCUAACUUAAUAUGAAAAUGAUAUUUUGUAACCGACGGUUAACAACGAUUUACUGUGUUAGUUUUUGACUGAAGUAUCACACAUCGAGGUCCCAAAGGAAAAGAAAAUUGAAUAGCUAGGCUUACUGUGGAUGUUUGGGAAACUUCACAGUGAGAUGUGCAUUGUGACGCGCCAACAACCACACCACAACGUGAUUGGUUAGCUGCCUCACUGCGAAGACUCGAAGAUAGAGUCUUUUCGAGUGUGAAGAAUUCUGAGAAUUCUUCAUCGACUGCUUUUUAAGCCAUUUUCUUUAUGAAUUUGUUUAUGAUUGUACCAACAUUUCCAUAAAAAAGUCUAUGUGUGAUAUUUAGCCAGAAAUCUUGCGAGUUAACUUAGUACAAUAUAGGCUAUCUCGCGUUGUGCCAUAUACUUUAAAAUGGCAAUGGAAGCAUUUUGUAGUUAGGCAUUUAUGAAAUUAUUCGCACAAUUUUAUUAAUAUUAAGGUCUUUUUAAUUAAAGUAUUUAAGGAGCUCAGUCGAUUACUUUUGUACAUGAAAAUGGUGGUAUUAAAUAAAACCGUUUUAUAAUUAAAAUUAUUAACAAAUGUAUCGGACAUAUACGUUAAUAAGAAACAAAUCCUCCACUUUUAUGUGUAAGUCUAAUCAUAUCUAAGAAAUUAUUGUGGAGAAUACUAGAAUGUGUUUUAAACUAGUGAUCCGCUUCGGCACCAACCGAAGUGAAAAACCUGUACUACUCGAAGAAAUUGUCGAAAUGUAAGUGAAACCCAUAAAGAAAAAAA